AUGUGCGCGCUCGCAUGGCACCCACUCACACUUGUUCACACGCUCUACGCUGUCGCACCCGCGCGCACACGCUACUGCGGGUGUGGGCUGGGCUCAUUUGGUUUUGUCGACGACCGCCGAGAAUAUAUCUGUCGUCGCUCUUCUCCCAAGAGUCAAGACACACACACACGCCGUGUCGGCCUCCUACCCUGUCGCCGCUCGCUCCUCGAUACGCCGACGCCCGCCUGCACGCUGCACGGGCUCGAGCUUUUCAAGCGCCGCCGUCUCGCACACGCCCCCUCCCUCAUCAUUUUCCUGCUCCUCGCCUUUCUGCGCCGCAGGUGGGCACUCAACUGCACGCCGUACAAAUAUAGCGCCGUCUCUGCUGGAGCACCAGCCAGCCAGGCGCCCCUCCCACCCCGGGAGAAGCGCUCCUCAGCCCUCACCCCGAGGCUGGACAUUGGACGGGCAGUUCGCUGGUUGGUACCUCAGUACCUACAAAGCAUACUCGCACUAGUCCGCAUCAAGAAAGGCUCGACUGGCUCCGCGUGCCGCCAAUUCUUUCGUCGAGCCGUUGCCGCCUGCUUCCUCAAAAUGCUAGGCUCCCUCCGCCCCCCAGCCCGACUCCUUCGCGUCCUCACCUCCACGUCCGCUUCAUUCCCACGCAUUUUCGUGCCUUCCCAAGCAUCGCAUUUCAUACUCUUCAACAUAAAUCUCGCCUUUGCACCAAAAGUCUCAUCGAAGCCUGGGUACGAUAGCCAACACACUCCACCGCCGCUGGCCAACGUCAGCUCCAACUUGACCUGUUUUGCGAAUUCAUCUACCAUGUCCGGUUUUACGGCACUGAAUGGCUCCUCGCCGAAGGUGUCAACCAAACCUGUUGCUGCCUCCAGCUCUGACGCUCAGAAUGGUGCCGCCGACGAGCAGUCCAACCAACCGGCUCCGGCUCCCGCCGCCUCUGUCGAAGCCGCGCCCGGUCAGGCUCUGGCUCCUCCUCCAGCGCCAUCUCGUGUCGACGCUUCCGCUCGCCAUCGUUCUCACACCUCCGCUGAAGCACCGAACCCGCUCCCUGCCAAUCCUGUCGACUACUCUGCUACCGGGACCACGCAACCUCCCACCGCUCAAUCUCCUAAUCAGCGUGAGAGCUGGCCAACAAAGGGCUUAGAUCGCACACCCUCUGCCCCGGCGCCAGGUGAGAAUGAUUCCUCCAACAAGCGCAAGCGGUCCCAUUCGAACGAAGGCAGGACUUCACUCCCUACCCAAGCCGCCAAACGCACUCAUAAAUCCACUGAGCGCACGCAGGAGCGCACACCAGAGACUGGAACCGUUGCCAACGGCGAUUAUCUCCGACCAGAGUCGCAGAGUGGCGAUGCACGUACAUCGACGCCUGGAUACCAGGCUUCUCCUCCUUCCGUUUCCAUUCGGGCCCCUGGGGAGCAGCACCUUGUUCAACGUCAGCCUGCUGGCCAGGUCGAAUAUACGCCCGUCACACCCCAGAAUAACCAAGCUGUCGUCCAAUACAAUACCCCGACAUACUCGGAAGAACGCUCUGGCACCGUUGUACAGCAUGACCCUAAGAAACGAAAGCGCAAUUUCAGCAACCGAACCAAAACUGGAUGCCUGACUUGCCGCAGAAGAAAGAAGAAGUGCGACGAAGCGAAGCCAGAAUGUAACAAUUGUAUCAAGGGGGCAUUUGUAUGCGCCGGAUAUCCACCCCAGCGAGGCGCUGGCUGGCCGAAGAUGGUCGAAAACAAGCCCGGAGGCAUUCCACUCGAAUCCAAGGAUCCCAACUACGUGCCACCUGGUGCAUACGGCAUGCCUGCUUCGCCAUACACGUCUUCACAAGCCGCGAAUAGCGGCCAACCAAGCGGCCCCAAGCGCGAGCCUCUACCCCAGUACCGCGGCCAGAACAUUCGAGUCGACACAGCCAAGGGAGCUGAUGGUCCCUCCGGUAGCCCUGAGCACAAGCACCCACCCGGUCCCUACACGCCUGGAUCUAACGCUUAUCCCACUCCGGUAUCAGCCAACACUCAACCACCCGCUUUUGGUGAUCGCGUCACUAACGACUACCAGCGACACCACGAGGCACCACCCGUAUCCAGCGCUCAGAUGGCGGCCCAGAUGGCACUCUCUCACGCCCAGGCACAGCCCCACAACCUGGCAGUUCUUCCCUUCGACCAGAGACGCUCCACCCAGAAAGAUGAAAUGCUCCAAGGCGGUUACUUUUAUCAGUAUGAUGCGGAACUGAGCGCCGAGAGAGACCGCGCGGCCACGGCCUGUUGGCGGUUCAACUCGCUGACGUAUCCUCCCACCAAUGGAGUCUCUACGGAGGAACGUGCCCGUCUAUUCCUUGAGAUUAUGCAGCCGCGUGACUCUUCUUCCAUCCCCGUUGAAGAGGCCUCUAGCCGCAGCAAUGUUGGCCGUGUUGGACGUCACGUCGCCGUCGAAUCCCCUUUCCACUGUGACUACGGCUACAACAUCAGCAUUGGGAACAAUGUCUCCAUCGCAAAAGGCUGCACCAUGAAUGAUGCGGGCAAGAUCCAGAUUGGCGAUAAUUGCAUCCUAGGGCCCAACGUCAGCAUGUACACCAUCGAACUGUCGACUGAUCCGAAGCACCGCCAGGGUGGGCACGGUGCACAAUUAGGCAAGCCCAUCAUUAUUGACUCGGACUGCUGGAUUGGUGGUGGUGUAAUUAUCAUGCCUGGCAAGGUUAUUGGGAAGGGCUCUACUGUCGGCGCAGGCUCGGUUGUUACCAAAGAUAUUCCUCCUUUCACCGUCGUGGCUGGUAACCCCGCACGUGUUUUGCGUGGUGUGGCCCCGAUCUAA